GCAAAGCAAACGGAAGGCUGUCCGUCCCUGGGAGAAUAUGGCGUCCUGGAGAGACUGCAAGGCCUGGCAGGAUGCUGGACUUGUUCUUUCAACUACAAGUAACGAGGCAUGUAAAAUGUAUGAUGCUGCACUGACUCAGUACGUGACUUGGAAGAAUGAUAAAAGUUUAGGAGGAAUUGAAGAAUCUCUCUUGAAAUUACAAGCAGCUGAUCCUAGUUUUUUAAUGGGUCAUGUGAUUGCCAAUGGUUUGGUUCUGAUUGGUACUGGGAGUUCAGUGCGGCUAGACAGGAAACUAGAUAACGCAAUUAAAAAAAUGGUGGCACUUUCACAGUCUCAACCAUUGACUGAGCGGGAGAAAUUGCAUGUGUCUGCAGUAGAGCUCUUUGCUAGUGGGCAGCUCCCUAGAGCAUCUGAGACGUGGGAUCAAAUUCUACAGAACCACCCAACUGAUUUGCUAGCUCUAAAAUUUGCCCAUGAUACUUACUUUUACUUGGGAGACCAGACACAAAUGAGAGACUCAAUUGCCCGAGUCUAUCCUUACUGGACACCAGAUAUCCCUCUUAGUAGCUACAUAAAAGGCAUGUAUUCCUUUGGAUUGAUGGAAACCAAUUUCUUUGAUCGUGCUGAGAAGCUUGCCUUUGAGGCUUUAGCUAUUAACCAGACAGAUGCGUGGUCUGUGCACACCUUAGCACACGUGAAUGAAAUGAAAGCAGAUCUGAAGAGUGGACUGGCAUUUAUGAAGCAAACUGAAAACAAUUGGAAGGAUAGUGACAUGCUUGCUUGCCAUAAUUACUGGCACUGGGCUUUGUAUUUUAUUGAAAAGGGUGACUAUGAGGCAGCUUUGACCAUUUAUGACACUCAUAUUGCUCCCAGGUGCCAACUGAGUGGGACCAUGCUAGAUGUUGUCGACAAUUGCUCCAUGUUAUAUCGGCUUCAGUUAGAAGGUGUGAAGGUGGGUGACAGGUGGAAAGGAGUAAACCAGCUGACAAAGAAGCAUGCCAAGGAUCACACCCUGAUCUUCAAUGAUGCUCACAUUCUGAUGUCUUCGUUAGGGGCCAAGGACCAUAAAACGACUCAUGAGCUCUUAACAACCCUCCAAGAAUUGGCCCAGGCACCUGACGAAGACCACGAGCUAAACCUAGUUCCAAAAUUGGGGCUUCCUCUUUUGCAAGCGUUUGCAGAGUUUGAGAGUGGCAAUUAUGACAAGGCCGUGGAAUUGCUUUAUCCCGUUCGCUAUAAAAUUGUUGAAAUAGGAGGGAGCAACGCUCAAAGAGAUGUUUUUGCCCAGUUAUUGAUACAUGCUGCUUUAAACUGUAAAUCUAAAGCCAACCAAAAACUUGCUAGAUGCCUCCUUAUCGAACGUGAUGAACUGAGACCAAACUCACCGUUGACUGAGCGACUGAUGCGGAAGACCACAGCUCUUCAUGCCCUGGGAUAAAUCUUAGAGCCUUAAUUGCUCAAGAAGCUUCUAAUCAGCAUUAUUAAUCAUCAACUUUUAUUAUGGCAAUAAGCAAAUCACAUUGUGGGUAUUCAAUCUUGCAUAAAUCCAAAAUAGCCAAAGCUUCUGUGUAAUUACAGAUACUCAGUUUUGCUUCUGGGCUUUGUGGAAUACUUCAUUUUGCCUUUCUUUGCUCCUAGAGAAGCAAAUGGGCAUGAACAUGAACAUAUUGGGUAGGCAAUGCGGUGCCCAUGGGCACCAAUGUGUCCCCAGGCACCAUCCUUGGCACCCACUGAGAAACACUAUUGCUCCCAAUUUUUAUUUAAAUUACAUUUUUAGAUUUUCCUUCUGGCAACUAGGAUUACUUCAAAGUGGAACGGGAGCCUCUAGCUGCUGCAGUCUUAAUUUCCCAUGGAUGCCUCUGAGCGGGUUACUUGUCCUUUGUGACCAGGCACCCAUGGCAGCCAUUUUAUGUUUGUGCCCAGGACAGUAGUUCAAAUUUCCAAAUGUGCUCACAGGCCCAAAAGGUUGUCUACUCUUGAGCUAAAGGAAUGUUCUCUUAUAUAUUUUUGCCAUUCCAAAAACUAUUAUUAUAUUAUUUAUUUAUAUAGCACCAUCAAUGUACAUGGUGCUGUACAGAGUAAAACAGUAAAUAGCAAUGGGAUGAAUAGAAUUGGGCAACGUUAAGUUGUGUAGAACAAAGUAUAGCUAUGCAGAAUCAUGGCCAUAAUUCACUGGAAAAACUAAUACACAAAUACGUUUAAAAUGAAUGUGCAUGGAGCACUGUUGUAGACUCGCAUUUUGUAAGCCUUGGAAAUGAGGACUAUGUUGCAAUUGAUAGUUUGGGGAGUACGGAUCUAUAUUAGAUUGUGAAUAUUUUUUUAAAAAAAACCAAGGAAAACUCAGGAUAAUUGUAUACACGCAUUUUAUAUUACAAAUUUUGAACUGAUUGCUCCAUCAAAAGCCUUCUUUAUAUGCUUAUAAAUACAUGUGGUAAAAUAUAAGGUGGAGAAGUAUGUUCCUUUUCUUGGCAUUCCAAAUGCCUCAUGGAUUUUUAACUAUUUAAAAAUAAACCCUAUGGAGGGACUUCCUCUCCCCAGCACUGCCACCCCCUAUGGAGAAGCUGCUCCUUCACUGGGCAGCCCCACCUCUGGGGUUUCUUAUUGACAACAAAUGCUUAUAUUUCAGGGUUUAAGGAACUUGCUGCCAUUAUAAACACAGGAUUCCCCAAGUUGAACCUUUUCCGCUGCCAUCAAUUCUGUUAGAAUACUUUUAAAACCUCCAUGUAGUUGUUAUAAGAGGUGAAAUGGGCACUAAUAUUGAAGACAAGGUGAAUGAACAAGUUAAUUUUUUAAAGGCACAUUUUAUACAUAGAGGAUUACAAAUAUUUACUUUGGGGUUUUCACAAGAUAAUUCAAUGACAAUUCUUAAGGAUUCAAGGGACACUGUUGUUACAAGCCUCAGGCCAAAAUCCCUAAAACUCCACCCAGUCAAAUACACGUAUAAAAGGUCCAGCUUCUGAGUGCAGCCUUCCUAUGGCACCAAAGUUCCUCCUGUUGUAUUUCUGGCUGCUUGGACAAUUUAUCUGCAUGUUUGCUGACAGUUCAUGUAACCUUCUGGCAACCUGCUCCCUACUCACUAGCCAAGUAAGGUUAUCCCCACAGGAAAAGAGUAGCUCAAUAUUCAGGUUUUGCUAUUCAUCUUCCCCUAGUCCUUCUAAAACACCACGCAUCAACCAGUCUUUUCCGCUUAGCUAGAAUCCUCAACAAUUCAGAAUCUAACAAUAUUCCCUGGAUACACUGUAGUCUCAUAGGGGCCACACAACGUUAAAUGUUAUGUAACACCAACAGUUAUAUGCAGGGCGUUUCUUCACAGGAACAUUGAUCGCAAUUGGACUUUGUGCUGAAUAAACUUGCAUAGUAUUACUGUGCUCCUUUCUUACUCUAAUGCAGACAUGAACAGAUAUCAGGCUUGUGGCAUCUUCUUUGUUUUGCUAGUAUUAUGAGGUCACUUAGUUGAGCCAGGUACAAAAUAAUAAGGGAGGGUCGGUGUUGGAAAUCCAUUGGCUCACAAGUGGAGUCAAUUACUUAUUACACUCCGUGAACCAUACACUGGGACUUCCUUAAAAUAAAGAGUGUCAAUCAGGGAUUGGAUCCAGAUUUAGUCAUGCUUAGAAGACCCAUUGAAAUAAAUGACCCUACCUGAAGCUGUGCAUCUUGUAAGUUCAUAAACUACAGAUCUGAUAGUUCCCUUACUCAAAAUAAAUCCCAUUGAUUACAACUGCAUUUACAUCCUAAUCAUACUAAAAUCCCAUGCAGGCUUCCCUUUGAGUAAACCCCAUUGAAAAGAGAGAGACUUGCUUCUGAGUAAACACAUAUAGAACUGAUUUUUAAUAGUGUGGUCGCUCAGAAGCUUUCUUUUUUAAGUCUUAAAACAGCAAACUGGAAAGAAGUGCUCUGCAACCCCAUGCUUACUUCUGAGGUCAUAUUUCUGUUUACUCAGAAGUAAGUCUCUGUUCAAUGAGGUUUACACGCUCCAAAGCCUUCCAGGCAGGGUGAGAGGAAUGGGUAUAGCCUAGGCAAUAGGGAAUAACCACAUAGGGAGGGUGUGGUGUUCAACUACCACCAACCAAUGAACUGUAGGGGGAAGUGCAGAGGAGAUCUGGGCAGGGAUGUGCAUCUCAACCGAAGAACAGCGUUACACUGGUGCGCACAAGAGGAGAGGUGUAAAGAUGAAUGAAACACAAAAAUGCAAAGAUGCAAGUUGAUCAGGCUUUCACACGCUAUGGAAAUGAGGGUGGGUAAUCCAAGGGUAAACCAGGGCAAAUGUGCAGGUGUGAUGGAGCUCUUACAAGACCAAUAAAACUCUUAAAAGGUUGAUAGUCUGGACCUGAAAGAGUAGUUGAUGCAUAGCAAUCGAAAACAGUUUUGACAAGUUUUGCAUUUUUUUUUACUCCUAUAUUAGUACAGUGAUGCAAUAGGUGUGUUAAAUGUUGCGCUCUUCCCCAUGUGCGUACUAGGCAAGAAGAAAUGCUGUAUGCUUGUUGGGGAAAAAUACAUGAAGCAGACUGCAAUUCCAUGUAAAUAAGAUAUGUAAAACAGCAGCAUUGUAUGUAAUUAUUGACAAAACAUAGUAUUUAAUUCUAGAGGAAGUGUGACAUCUUGUGGACAAACAUCUUCAUUAAUGGUAUGAGAAAAUUUCACUGUUACUGCUUACGAUACUGUUUUUAUGCUUUUGAUGGUUUUAAAUUUUUGUAUAUUUGUUUUUAAUGUUCAUUGAUUAUAACUUGUGAUCCGCCCAGAAA